AUGCGUUUCUCAGUUAUCACCAUCGCAUCUGCAGCUGUUGCUGCUGCAGGAACCAGCGCCAUUGAAGUGGCUGAAAUCCCCGGCUACGAGCCAAUUCCCAAGGCUGCUACAAACAAGUACUCUCAAAAUGCACCAUCGGCCAUUCCUGACUUCGCAACCGGCUCAUUCGAGCCCACGUACAUGCCAGCAGAGGAUCUGAAGCCCAGUAGCAUUCUCGCUCGUAGUGUAACUUCAACAUCUGCCACUGCAAGCUCCUCCACUCCAGUCCCGGACGAGCCAGCUGAUGACAGCUAUGAGGCUUUCGUGCUAUGGAUGAGUGCUCGUCUGACUCAGGAAGUUCCUGAAAAAGCCGAGCACAGCCAUGUCGCCCGCAGCGUGGCUUCUUCGCCAAGUGCAAAAGUUGAAGCCUCUGCAGACGGACCAGCUGAUGACACCUAUGAGGGCUUCGUCACUUGGAUGGAGUCUCGUUACCCCAAAGAGUUUUCUGAACAAGUCAAACAGAAGAUCAAUGUUCGAGAUGUCGAGCAGCACACCACCACCAGCAGCACAACUAGCGCAACCCCUUCCGCAGCCGCCAGCAUCACUGGCCCUGUUGAUGACACUUAUGAAGCUUUCGUUACCUGGAUGGACUCCCGGCACCCCAAAGAAUUCUCUGAGCAAGUCAAGCAGAAGAUCAAUGCUCGAGAUGUUGUAUCGCAGGCUGCUACGACUGCCAGCACAACUGCCACCACGACGACAACCACUGUCGCAGCUGCCACCGGCGCUGACCCUGCGAAUGAGAGCUACGAGGAGUUCGUACAUUGGAUGAACUCACGCUUCCCUGAUGGAUAUCCUGCUGAGGACCACCAUGAGCUCAAUGCCAGAUCGGUUGACACUCAUGAGACAUUGCAGGGAAACGGGCACGAGAUGCCUGAUUGGAGCUAUGCUUGGAAUGAAGAAGUGGAGCAUCAUCUCCAAGCCAGAUCGGCAGAAGAUGAGAACAAUGGAGCUCCUUCUGACUUCGAAUAUGAAUCUGAUCCUGAUGCCCAUGCCGCAUCCGAGACCGAAUAUCCUUAUCUCGAGGAGACCUUCGAGGAGUUCCCUGCACGUCAAGGCUAUAGCCCCGAACAGUACGCCCAGGAGGGCGAGCCUUCCGAUUUACACGAAGAAGAGCCUAAGUCUCAGGCUGCGGCUAACUCAAAGCCAUCAGUCUCUGAGGUCGCUGCUUCGCCAGCCGCCGCUGCUACCCCCGAGCCAACCUCUGCAGUAACUUCAUCUGCGACCACUUCGACUUUCGCAUCGCAGUAUUCUGGCCAGAUGAGUGAGACUUCUACGGUCUCGUCUAGCUCUGCCACCAAUCUUCAAGCACGCUCUGUGAGUUCCCAUUACCGAUUCCGCCACCACUCCCACUCAGCAUACGCGUCGAAUAGUGGUACGGCAAGCACAAGCACAUCUUCUGCAAUUAGCUCUACCACCACUAGUCGCAAGGGAUUCUUCAACCUUCCCUGGUAG